UGGCCUACAUGUACAAGAAAAAGAAGUGAGUGAAACAGGCCAUACAUAAGACCAAAACAUCUGUUUUUUUCCACGCCAAGGAACGAUGAUUUCAGCAGCAGAUGUCCUCCGUGUUCUCACUGCAACAGUGCCUCUCUAUGUAGCUAUGAUCGCGGCCUACACUUCUGUAAGAUGGUUGAAGCUUUUCACACCAGAGCAGUGCUCUGGAAUAAACAGAUAUGUGGCCAUGUUUGCAAUCCCCUUGUUGUCGUUUGAUAUGAUUUCAAGAAACAACCCAUAUCAGAUGAAUGCCAGACUUGUAGCCUCGGAUAUGUUGCAGAAAUUUGUUGUUCUUCUUGCACUGGCAGCCUGGGUUAAACUUAGCAGUAGAGGUAAUUUUGAGUGGUUGGUAACAGGGUUUUCGCUGUCAACACUGCCAAACACGUUGGUUGUGGGAAUUCCACUUCUAAAAGCCAUGUAUGGCGAUUCUGCUGUUACCUUACUGGUGCAGAUAGUAGUUUUACAGAGCAUGGUGUGGAAUACUCUUCUAAUGCUGUUAAUGGAGAUUCGGGCGGCCAAAGUGGCCGUAGCGAACGAUGAACAAUCUGAUACAUCAGUAAGUCCUGGUACUGUGCAAGUGGAUUCAGAAGCUCAAACUCCAGAAAUAACUGGCGAAGUCGAUGGCCAAAGAGUACACAAUCAGACAGCAUCAAUGGACACCAAUGCAACAAAGUCAAGACAGAAAAGUACUGGAGGAAUUGUUUUAGUCGUGGUGAUGAAAAAGCUCUUGAGAAACCCAAAUACUUACUCCAGCAUGUUCGGACUUAUUUGGGCAUUAAUCUCCUUCAGGUUUAACCUAGCAAUGCCCAAGGUGAUUGAGAAAUCCAUCUCCAUACUGUCUGAUGGAGGACUUGGCAUGGCCAUGUUUAGCUUGGGCCUUUUCAUGGCAUCUCAGCCCAAGAUAGCGGCAUGUGGGAAACGAAUGACAGCUAUAGCUCUGGCAGCAAGAUUCCUUGCAGGACCAGCUGUAAUGGCACUGUCUGCCAUAGCCGUGGGGUUGAGAAGCUCAUUACUAAAGUUUGCUAUUGUACAGGCAGCUCUUCCUCAAGGAAUAGUACCAUUUGUAUUUGCUAAAGAAUACAAUGUCAAAGCCAAUAUUUUGAGCACUGGGGUAAUUGUCGGCAUGCUUAUUGCAUUGCCUAUAACAUUGGCCUACUACACCCUCUUGGAUUUGUGAAUGACUGCAGCACUAGAAGGAAAGACAAUGCCUUUCUAUAACUACAGGAACAAAAAAUAUUCUGCAGUUAUGGGAACAAGUAAGCUUUUAAGAUGGCAGCAGCAAGAAUCUCAAAUCAAGCUCAUGGACCACCCCAUUUUGAGAAAAGCAUUCCUUGUCCAUUAUCUGUACACUCAUAAUUUUGGGAGCUCCCAUGGCUUCUUCUUCAAAGUUGGCAGCAGCAAGAAUCAAAAGCACCAGUUGUGCAGGCCUCUGAUAGAAUGGGAUGCUGAUGGUGGAUGAGUCUCCCUGUUCAUGCACAAUCUACUCAAAUUUACAAGCUUCUAGUUCUAGAUACUCAUUCUUUCAACUCUCCCUCAGCUCUGUGGAGUCUGAAACAGUCAUAGAAUUGUUAAUCAAAAUUCAGUUGUUCUCAAAAUAAUGAAGUUAUUAAAAAAGAGCACAAAGACAAUUUCCUGUAUGGAUCCGUUACAUAUUCAUUUUUCAUUUCUUCAAAGAU